GUGUGUUGUCCCCACUUCCGGGUUGCAAGUACGCUGUGCGCGUUUGGCUGCCGCUUUGCUCCGGUUCUUUCUUUUCUUUUCUUUUUUUCUUGUUUUAGUUGUUUUUAUGUUUAGGGUCUUUUAGGUGUUAGGUGUCUGGACACACUACGUUACUGGACUUUAUGUAUUAUCUGCCGAAAGCUUACACUGGAAUAUCUUCCCGGCUGGACCUUCUGCCGCUGCUGUUGUCUGCUAUCUGCUGUUUGCUGUGCUGUUACUCAUACAUGUACACUGAUACCUGCCUAACACGAGCUUUCCCUUUCACUACCCGCCCGGUACAAACCAGCUUCAUCCGAUGGUCGAUCAGUACUGGAUCAGAAUGAGCCAACAAGGAGCUGCACUGCAAACCUACAACAACGAACUGGUCAAGUGCAUAGAGGAGCUCUGCUUUAAAAGGGAGGAGCUGAAUAAGCAGAUCCAGCAGGAGGAAAAGGAGAAAGCUCGUCUCCAGCACGACAUCCGCGUGCUGACUGAGAAGCUGAGCCGCGUAAAUGAGAGUCUGUCCCGCCGCCUCACCGCCCGUGCCGAUUUCGAUCGCACCAUUGCAGAGACGGAGGCGGCCUACAUGAAGAUUCUAGAAAGUUCACAGACCCUGUUGAACGUUUUAAAGAAAGAGACGGGGAACCUCACCAAAGCCACAGAGCCCAGGAGCAGCAAAGACUGUUGACGUCUAUCCUCUUUGUCUUCCAUGUUUCUCAUGUCUAACUUUGUUUUUCCUCCUGUACUUUACUGUUUGUCUCCACACACUGUCAGCAUUUAACCCCGGUCAUAUUUGAGGGCUGAUUUGUACUUCCAUUACUCAGCUUGAUGAUUUAGGUUAUGUAGAGGACAAUAUACCUGUAACCCAAGUGAAAUAAUUAGGGGGUUAAUGCGUUAAAGCUUUCAUCUUCGAAAUACGGCUCAUUUUUACCUCUAAUUGGCUGCAAAUAUUCCGACAACCCUGAUUUCUUUGACUCAGCUGGCAUAGCUUUAAUUAUGUCCGCCAACAGUAACUGUAUUUUACAAUAAUAAGUUUUAUUUAUAGUUCUGUUCAUUAUAAAAUAAACUAUUGGUACUUCCUUUCUUAGUCAUUUUUAAUAUUAGGAAUAAAGGUGCUAAAUAUUAUGACACGUCUAUGCAAUUCUUGCCCUAUUGAAAGUAAAUGUAAAGAAAAGGGAGGUGUUUUUGUGUAGUAGCUCAUGUUUGCACACUUGCAGAUACAGAAGUAAAAAUCAGCCCUAUGACGAGCACUGUAUAUAUAUCAGAUAUAUGUAUUUUGAUAUUACUUUACAUUUUACUAUAGUAAUUUACUGUAUUCCAAUAUGUUUUAAUAAAGAUUAUUUCAAGUGA